UAUCUUUUCAAGACUUUCAUCCCUCCAGUUUGUUACCUGGCCAUCCAUACUCAUCUGCCUAGAGUAUCCUUUCCAGAUUCCAUCCUUUCAGUUCGUUACCCUGGCCACUCCUUGCUGCCUCGAUAUAUAUACAUAUAUAUAUAUAUUCCAUAAAUACCAUACACGUCCCGCUCUUUUCUUCCUCGCCGAAGUUGAAAAGUUCUUCGACUCGACGGGAUCUUGAGGUUUGGACCUUUGUUACCUUGCACACCUCAGGAAUGCCACACACUCUGCGUCCCCUUCAUUCCACGACGCAAUCAUGACGGGCGAAUCGCACCACGAUGUCGAGAACGUCGUCGCCCGCGACCACGCAGAAGGAAAGGUCGGCUCUACACAUCAACGGCCGAGCACGGCUUCCCCUGCACGACCUGGUUUGGAAAAGGCACCUGGAACCACCACGACCCCCGACGAGCACGACCGUUUUCAAGAUGACUCGAGCUCGAAAGCAGACGACGACGAGGAGGAAGAAGAAGAAGAGGAUCGAGCGUCCAGGGCUCUGGCGCGUAUUCACUCCCACGCUUCCCACCACGACAUCCACUCCGUGCCGUCCGAGACGUCCUCGUUCGUCGAGCUCAACGCCGCGCAGUACGAACGCUUCUCGCCCGGCCGGAAGAUCCUGAUCACGAUGGUCCUGUCUCUCUGCGGGUUCCUGGCGCCCAUAUCCAGCACGACCAUCCUGUCGGCCAUCCCCGAGAUCGCCGAGACGUUCCACACCAGCGGGAGCGUCAUCAACGUCUCCAACGCCGUCUACCUGAUCUUCAUGGGCCUGAGCCCGUGCCUCUGGGGCCCGCUCUCGAACAUCUACGGCCGGCGGUGGAUCUGCGUCACGACGGCCUGGCUCUUCUUCGCCUUCAGCAUCGGCACCGCCCUCUCGCCCAACCUCGCCAGCUACUUCGUCUUCCGCAUGCUCACGGCCUACCAGGGGACGAGCUUCCUGAUCGUGGGCACGAGCUGCCUCGGCGACAUCUACACGCCCACCGCCCGCGCGACCGCCCUGGGCUGGUUCCUCAGCGGCACGCUGAUCGGCCCCGCGCUCGGGCCGUUCGUCGGCGGCAUCAUCGUCACCUACCGGUCGUGGCGGGUCAUCUUCUGGCUGCAGGCGGCCCUGGGCGGCGUGGCCGCCGCGCUCGUCCUGCUCGUCCUGCCCGAGACGAUCCCGACCAAGAAGAUCGACGACCUGCGGGACCUGCCCCGGUCCCAGAGGGCCAGGAGGAUCGCGCACUGGGUCAGCCCGCUGCGCGUGGCCUCGCUGCUGUUCAGCUACCCCAACCUCAUCGUCGCCGGGGUCGCGAGCAGCAGCCUCGUGUGGAACAUGUACUCGCUCCUCACGCCCAUCCGGUACGUGCUCAACCCGCGCUUCCACCUCACCAGCCCCAUGCUGUCGGGCCUGUUCUACAUCGCCCCCGGCGGCGGCUACCUCCUGGGCACCUUCGUCGGGGGCCGCUUCGCCGACCACGUCGUCAAGAAGUGGGUCGCGCGGAGGGGCCGGCGGGUGCCCGAGGACCGGCUGAGGAGCUGCUACGUCUUCGUCGGCGGCGUCAUCCCGGCGUCGAUGCUCGUCUACGGCUGGACCGUCGACCGGGAGGUCGGGGGCGUGCCCGUGCCCGUGGUCGCCAUGUUCGCCCAGGGCGUCGCGCAGCUGUUCUGCUUCCCGAGCCUCAACACCUACUGCCUGGACGUCAUGCAGUCCAAGGGCCUGAGCGCCGAGGUCGUGGCCGGCAACUACAUGAUCCGGUACGUGUUCGCCGCCGCGGGCAGCGCCGUCUGCCUCCCGGCCAUCGAGGCCAUGGGCGUGGGUUGGUUCAGUACCAUCUCGGCCGGCUUCAUGGUCCUCAGCGCCGUCGCCCUGUGGGCCGUCACCGUCUGGGGAGAGGGGUGGAGGAAGGCCGUGGACGCGAAGAAGAGACGGAACAAGGCCGCCAGGAAGGCCGAGAGGGAGAAGGAGGGCGAGAAGGUGUGAAGAAGGGACGUACGUGGGUGGUGGAUUCAACACGAUGUCUUUCCUCGAUGUGACGGAAGAGGACACACGUGGGAAUUGACAUGGUGUCUACCUUGAUACCAAAUACAAGGAGGGCGCCACGGGAUGACGUGUUGUUGACAACAUACUUUGAUGUUUAAGACGGACGGCGUCAUGGGCUGAUAUGUUGCUGUCUGACUUUGCGUGUCGGAAAAAGGAUUUUAUGGGUUGACCUACCUACAGCCUAGGAAAACCAUUGAUGUUAACGACGAUGAAAUGACUUUUUUGCAUGUCUAGAACAAGAGAUAUACUAUUGUUUUUGAAAAGAAAGAGCGG